CUUAACGCUGUUCGUAAAAUUAGGGUUGCAGUCUGAAAUUUGGUAAUUUCAUCUGGAAAAAAGCUUAUAUCUGGACAAUGCCUCGUUACGAAGAUAGGUAUGGCAGCACUACUCGCCUUUAUGUUGGCCACUUGUCUUCCAGAACCCGUUCGCGGGAUUUGGAGCACAUUUUCAGUAGAUAUGGAAGGUUUUUGUGAGCCUUUCCCUUACAUGGUGGUCAAAUGGUCGGAGGGUGGACCUUCCUGACCUGAGGUGGUCCAUGGUGAGAUGGGUGGACCUGGUGGAUUUUCUUGCCGUUGUUAGAAAGAAGCCUUUGGCGAUUUUCUGUGUUGUCUUUGCAUGUUUUUUGUGGAAUUUGCAACAAACAAUCAAACUGGGUGUUUAGUUCCCGUCUUGAGGACCCCCAAGUUUCAUGCACUGCAGUUCGUUCGUAAGUAGUUUUGAUGGCCUUACCUGUUUGUGGCAAACCAUUUCCGCAGAGUACGUGACGUGGAUAUGAAGCGAGACUAUGCUUUUGUCGAAUUUAGCGAUCCACGUGAUGCUGAUGAUGCUCGGUACAGCUUGGAUGGGAGAGAUGUUGAUGGGCGUCGUAUUAUUGUUGAAUUUGCUAAGGGGUGGACGUGGAAGAAGUUACUCACGGUCACCUGUGAGGUCCCGCUCUCCUCACCGCCGUGGCCGCAGCAGGAGCCGCAGCUUCAGCAGGAGCAGAAGUUACAGGUAAACAAUAAAAUCCCUCAUCGGUCGAGGUCCCCAGCUGCCAGAAGAGGCCGUGAUGCUGAUUACAAGGAAAGGCGGCCAAGAAGCUCGCGUGAUGAUAGUCGUUCUCCAAAGAGGGGAACCUCUCCUUCCAAGAAGCUGAGCCCAUCUCCCGAUGGGCUGGGAGACAGAAGCCCAUCGCCUGGUGCGGCCCGAGUAGAGAAUGAGCGAGACAAGUACAGUGGAAGCCCAAAGGAGGGCAGUCAAAGCCCGCCAGCUGGCAGGAGGUAUGAAGAGAGCCCGCCUUAUGCUGCCAAUGGCCAGGAUCGUAGCAUGAGCCCAAGGGAGGACAGGAGCCCGGUUGAUGAUGAUGAUGAUAAUAACAAUAAUGCACCCAAUUCUCCUCCUCGAGGCAGCGAGUCUCCUUAGGUAUGUGACAUGAAUAAAAAAGUGCGGGCAUGUAAUGUAGUUUUGAAUCAAACUAUUUGGGGGUUAUUUUUUUUAUUUCUUGGUUUGAUGUUCUUUUCUUUUGUCCGCAACUUUAUCUACUGCCUGUUAUAAUUGCUUAGUGAACUUGAAAGUGGAAACUUUAAGACAUGUUUGGGGUUGCAAUGUGUUUUUAUUUGUGACUUAUGACUUAAGCUUGGUUAUUCAUCUUAGCCUAUAAUUGGUGGUUUUACUUUCGAGAUAUGGAGUUGAGAGAUUACUUAUUUCAUUAAACCUCCAAAAUGAGUACCAACUGAUUACUCAUUGGCAAGCCAAAACGGUCUGAGGUAUGACUUGAAAGGGGAGAAUAGAAUGGAUCCACUAGAGGCGAAAGGUAUGAUAUGACUUUAAAGGUGAACAUGUGAAAUUUAUGAGGUGCAUUUGGUUUCUUUUUACGAUAUGGCUUGAUUGGUGGUUCUUAAGUGUUGUUAAAUGAAACAAGUCGCUUGUAAGUUCGGUUCGGUUCGGUUCGGUUUGAUGCGUUAAGGCUCAAGUUUGGUUCAAACGAGCCGAGUUUGAGUUCGCUUAAAGCUCGUUUCAUUAACAAGUCGGGCUCGGUUUGGUUUGUUAAGUUUCAGUCUUGGCUCGUUAAAUUUCAAGAUCGGUAAUUAAAGGUCGAAUUUGACUCGUUAUUAUUGAUAAACGAGUCAAACUCGAGUUUGCUGAUUUGUUUACUUAACAAGUCGAAGUUUGACUUGAUAAGAACUAAGUUCGAGCACCAUGAGUUUGAGCUCGGCUUGACUCGUUUACAAUUCUAGUUUCUUAAUGGUUAACAUGUUGUCAUGAUGACUUAUGACUUGAUUGGUGGUUCGCAAUAGUUAGCAUGUUUUCAUGAUAUGGACUGAUCAUUGAUAAGUUCUCAGUUAACAAAAUAGAUGGGUUGUUUUUCAAUGGUUAAUAAAACAUAUUAAGAGGGGUUAUGGAUGGCUUGAUUUAGUGGUUAACAAAACAUCGUAAGGGAUGUGAUCAUGUUAAGGGAGGUUACUUUUGUAGUUUUCAAAUUAGUAAAAAUAUUGAAUACAAUUGUGUCGAGCCUAAAUUUAAGGAACGGUACUUCUGUUAUUUUCAAGAUAUUCCGCAAAAAACAUAAAGAAAUAUAGUGACAUUUUAUUCAAUUUCAAGCGUUAAAUGGUCGGUUAUCAACUUUUAAGAAUCUUAUUCUUCCAGCUCUCCUUUCUAUCUCUUCAAACCUCGCCCCAAUUCCCCCGAAACAGUAACCCCGCCCUUUUUCCCAAAUUUUCGCGCCGCGAGCCUCCUCUCCGGUGGCCCCUCGCCCUCAAUGAUUCCGACCAGCUUCUAAUUUGUCCUGGUCUGUCAUCAUAGAUCCGGCUACUCUUCGGCCUCUCUCUCCGCAACGUGGAUUUCGACCCAUCUGGUUUGCCAUGGCGGGAGUUCAAGAGCUGGAAGAUCCGGUUCUCAUGCAGCGGCAGCGAUGGACUGAACUUGGGCUCCUCCUUAUUCAACCUUUUUUGGUGUUGGGAAGGUCGUUUUUUCCGACGGCGACCAGGGUGGAGCCUUGGUGUUGGAGUGCGCGUGGGGGGCCGGGGUGUGGGCUGAGCGACUUCCCCUCGAUGGAUCUCGUUAGGAGG